AUGGCUUGGCGGACAAUUUCGACAUCACGCGACUCAUCCUUCACCUACAUCCACCUCCAAGCGUCCCACCACGCCGACCUCCUCGAGUCCUUCACCGGCUCAUCCUCAAAGCUACCCGCCGAAGACAUUCUCGUCGCGCCGCAGCAUCAGCCAAAUAGCGCCGAGGACGACGACGAUGUUGUCCCCGACCAGCAUGCGGCUUUUGGCAUACAGCGAGCUACGCAGCGGCAAAGCCAGCCUGCGUGGAGGGAUCUGGGCUUGGAGGCUUUGAUGCAGGGUGGGCCGCCGACGAGGAGCGGCGGGCAGGCGAAUAGAGGGGCGGAGAGGGGAAACGUGGGGAGUAUGGUUGCUUUGCGGUGA